AUGGAAACGUAUAUACCAGAUGGGGAAACAGUUGAAAAACAGAACGAAGAACAACAGCAAACUGCUUCAUUAUCCACUUCAACUACAAAACCUCAACCAACAACAUUAAGAACAACAUUUGAAUCAGUAAAACCGCCUACAGUUAUUAGAUCGGUGCCAAUAGCAUCAUCUCGUUCAAUCUAUUCUCUAUUGCCAAAACCACGAUCGAUUCCGAUUCGUGUAGAAAAUCCACAAUUACCUGAAACAGUUACCGUUCUCAAAGAUCCGAAUACAAAUGGAACAAUUUAUCUUAUUGGCACUGCUCAUUUCAGUGAAAAAAGUCAACGAGAUGUCGCUGAAGUAAUUCAAUUAACUCAACCGGAUAUUGUUAUGGUUGAAUUAUGUAAAAGUCGCGUAAAUGUUUUAUCGCUAGAUGAACAAACACUAAUGAAAGAAGCAACAGAAAUGAAUUUGCAAAAACUUCGGGCACUCAUCAAAUCGGUCUGUUUACUAGUUGAUUUUCUAUUACAAUUAGUUGAUUUAGAAACUUUGUUUUUCUAUUUGCAGAACGGUGUUAUCCAUGGUGUAAUCCAUGUAUUAUUGCUAAGUAUGACAGCACAUUUAACGAAAGAAUUAGGCAUGGCACCUGGAGGUGAAUUUAGAGCGGCAUUUCGAGAAGCUAAAAAGAUUCCAAAUUGUGGCAUUAUUCUGGGAGAUCGUCCAGUUACUAUAACACUGAAACGUGCCAUUAAUUCCUUAACAUGGUGGAAAAAAGUGAAGUUAGCAUGGUCCUUAUGUACAUCAAAAGAGAAAAUAACAAGUGAAGAUGUUGAAAAGUGUAUGCAACAGGAUAUGUUAGAGCGUCUUCUAUUAGAAAUGAGUGGUGAUUAUCCAGAAUUAUCUCGUGUAUUCGUUGAAGAACGUGAUCAGUUUUUAGCCUAUUCAUUAAAAAAAUGUGCACAACCCAUACCAAUUGAAACAACAGCAGAUGGUUUUGUUCCGUCGACUGUUGUCGGUGUUGUUGGAAUUGGUCAUGUGCCGGGUAUUGUUAAGAAUUGGGAUAAAAAUCUGGAUGUAUCACAGUUAAUGAGUAUUGAUCCUUCCUCCUCAUCAACUUUAUCUGUAAAAACGUCAUCAGCAGUAAUGAAGCGUGAUUAUGGUUCAAUGGCGUUGAAAGUGGCAUGUUUUGGUGCAAUAUUUGCUGCUAUAUUCCAUUUUGCUAAAAUUCGAUUACGUUAG